AUGGACAUCACCGUUCUGCCCAACAACAACCAUCCUGAGAAGUUCCUGCAGCUGGAUGUGGGGAUGUUGCCAGCCACUCACGGCAUGUUCCAGGUGGGCCUGGCAGCAGGAGCAGCAUUGUCAAGCCAGAGGCAGUGGCAGAACAGAGUCUACUCACAGAGAGAGCACAGAGGUCUGAAGGAACAGCACUCAUCUUCAGAGAGCAGUCCAAAGUUCAGAGACAGAGAACUGGAGAGACACAUCACCCCGAUCACCUUGAAGCCGAAAAUCAAAACCAACCCUCUUUACACUGACAGUGAAUUAAUGGACACUGAAGAGAUCCACAAGACCAAGCCUUCCUGGACCAUUCAGGAGUAUAACAACCAUUCAGUGCACUCAAACAUAGAAAGCUAUUUAAAGGAUGACCCUAAGGAUCUGAAUUUUUGGCUGGAGGACCUGUAUACUCCAGGCUAUGACUCCUUAUUGAAGAAAAAGGAGGAGGAACUCAAAAGAAGCAAAAUUUGUAAAAUAUUGAUUUUAGUUAUUCUGUCAGUGUGUGUGCUUGUGGUCAUUGCAGUUUCAGUUGUGGUUACACAAAGUAAAAACUGA